AUGCCGAAAAUAAUUUCACUUAACGCAAUAAUCCUCAGCUGUAUCUUGUUAGCGCGCGCGGAACCACCGGUUACCACAGGCUUCUCCAUCACAGCGGAUAAUGCUUACGAAUACAAUAGUAACGUUGUUAAGGAUGCCCACAGAGAAAACGCGGAUUUUUACAACAGCGGGAAUAACGGGCACCCCCUAAGCAGUGGCAGGAGCCAAGGAAGCCUCGAAGAAAGUUUACGAAGCAACUCUUACAAUGGGUUUUCACCAAACUCUCACAGCAGUAGCUAUCAAGGAUUUUCUAGUAAUGCCCGUGAAACUCUAGGCGCAAGUCCUUAUUUCAUAAAUGAUCCAGCCCAAUCAUCGUUCGAGGGUUACGCGAAUACCAAUACCAAUGGCGAUUCCACCUUCGGUGGAUAUACCCAAAGUGCAGAUCAAACGGUGUCAGAGUUCAGUCAAUUCGCCAACAACAAACAGAAAAGUCCAAGCUACACAAGAUUCUCAGACAACCUGCCUGCCACCUCGAACGCAGCCAGCUUUCCUGAACUAGCUUCUGAAAGUUCUUCUCUCAGAGAAUAUGCUGCAGAUGCUUUUAGAAGCCAUGGAGCAUCAGGAGGAUACAUGGACGGCGAUCAAACAUUCAGCAGAGAACCUUCCAGUUUGUUUAAUAGUCCUACCAAUGAUUAUUCUUAUGGAAAACAUAAGGAAAACAUGUUUGCAACAAGUAACAGCAAUAAGUACACAAAUGAUGCAUACACCAUGCAUCCUGAGACCCGUUAUGUAGGAGGAAAUCAUGCAAAUGCGGGAAGAGAUUAUGGAUCUUCAAUGUAUUUACCAAACUCUGGUAGCAGCAUGUUUAAUAAUUUAAGAGGAAACUCUGAUUUUUACAGUUCAGGAAAAUAUAGUAAAUACAACAAAUACUUAGGCGAAUAUGCUCCUCAUGUCGGUUUGAAUUACCUUUCGAAAGAUCAAGAGCCUGAUCAUUUGUUUGGUAAUUAUGGAAAAGUAAAAGCUGCAGCAUUGAAAGAUGGCAGGCCAAGCAGUUAUGGCUCACAAGCUUAUCUUGGCGGACCGUCGCAUCUAAGUAAAAUUGCUGGAAGUUACAAGGUCAGGCCAAGCUUCAUGAACUAUGCAAGCAAUUCUCCAAUUGGUUAUUCUUCAAUGUCAAGUGUACAUAGUAGUCUCAAUGGUAACAAUUACAUGGACAAUCCUAUGCUUAGAAGAUACAGAAGCAGUAGUGGAUAUAUCCCAGGACAUGGAAAUAUAUAUUCUGGUUAUUAUUAA